AUGCUGCAGGUGAUCCAGCGCGAGUACAAGCUCCGGUCAUACUCGCUGAACUCCGUGUCCAUCGAGUUCCUGGGCGAGCAGAAGGAGGAUGUCCAUCACUCGAUCAUCUCGGACUUGCAGAACGGCAACUCCGAAACCCGCCGGCGCCUGGCCGUCUACUGUCUCAAGGAUUCGGACCUGCCCAUGCGGCUGAUGGAGAAGCUGAUGUGUGUCUUCAACUUCGUGGAGAUGGCCCGUGUGACCGGCGUCCCGUUCACAUACCUGCUCACGCGUGGCCAGCAGAUCAAGGUCGUGUCGCAGCUCUUCCGCAAGUCCCUCGAGCGGGACUUCCUCAUCCCCACUCUGCGUGUGGGUGGCAGCGGCGCCGACGAGCAGUACGAGGGUGCCACCGUCAUCGAGCCGGAGCGCGGGUACUACUCGAAGCCGAUUGCGACGUUGGAUUUCUCCGAGCAGGAUUCCACCGCGGCGGCCGCCACGCCGGCCGCCAUGACCGACGCCGGGCGGCCCGGCGUCGCGGGCACCGCCACCAGCGUCGCCUCCCCGCCGGGCCCCCGGACCGACGGCAAGAAGCUCGGGUUCUUCCGUGACCCGCGCGUGACUUUGGGCAUGGUCCCGCUGGACCGGGGGUUCCGAGCGGCGGACGUGAGCAUGCCCAUCUCGCAGGACCUGUGGUUCUACACCAAGUCCAACUUCCAGACCUUCUCCACUUUCACGGCAUGCUUGCUGCCGGUGCUCGUGCUGUCGUACAACUCGCGCUUCUGGCGCUCAGCCGGCACGACGAGCCUGCAAGCCAUGUUGCAGUCAUGCACGCUGGUCCCGGCGGUCCUGCCGCUGGCGGUGCUGGCCAGCCAGUGGCUGUCCACCUGGUCCAUCGAGAGCCCGGCCGCGCGGCUGGCUUCCGUCCGGUCGGCCUGCCUGGCCCGCUACGAGUCCCUUCGCCGGCGGCGUGGCGAUCUGAUCUCCGGGCUCGGCGUGGCCGUGGGAGUCCUCUGCACGCCGAUCAUCACCCGGCAGCUGACCUCCUCGGCCACCCUCUUCCGGCGAGUGAUCUUUUCCGGGGUCGUCGGCGGGUCGGUCGCCGCCGGCCUCAAUCUCAUGGACACCAUGUACCGGGAGAUGCGCCUGGCCCGGAGCCUGAAGCACAUCUGCGAGGGGCAGCUGGUCCGGUCCGGGGCCAUCCCCUCCAGCCAGCAGGCGGUCACCAUUCAGCAGGACCGCGAGGCGGGCCGGGCCGAGCUUGCUGCCGCCACCGGCGAGUAUCCGCUGGCCUUUGUCGGCAUGACCACCAUCGAGCGCAAUGCCCUGAUCGAGGCGCGCUUGAAGGAGGUCCGCUCGGAUGCAGCCCAGAUGCGACCCAUUGCCGAGGCCUUCGGCCUAUACUGA